CACACUCCAGUAACAGUAAUACAGUGAGAAGGGACGGCAAAGAGUGGCUGGAGGGAUCGAGGGAAGACUCUUACCCUGGCACUGCGCACCCAGGACUGUGGAGUUGUAGCCCGUUAGCACUUGGCAGCCAGAGCGGAGUCAAAGUGCAAAGCGGAAUAAUACAAGUACCUUCAGCUCGUGGCAACUUUACGGAGCAGCUUUGCCCUGCCAACCUCUGGAUUUGCCCUCACCUGUCUGAGUUUCUCCUCCCCCCUUCCUGGAAUAACAGGGGACCUUGUUUUGUAAGGAGGAGGCGCAACAUGGCAAACAAGUGGCUCCCAGGGAGAUGUCAGCUAGUGACCCUCACCGUGCUGCUGCCAAUCCUAAUAGCACCGUGCUGGGCACGCACCUUCACUAACCACUGGGCUGUGAGGAUAGCAGGGGGGGAAAACGAAGCCAACAGGAUAGCGAGCAAGUACGGAUACAUCAACAUAGGACAGAUUGGAGCACUCCAAGAUUACUACCACUUUUUUCACAGUAAGACCAUCAAGAGAUCCAUUCUAGCCAGCCGAGGUACGCACAGCUUCAUUUCUAUGGAACCAAAGGUGGAGUGGAUACAACAGCAGGUGGUCAAAAGGAGGAUAAAGAGGGAUUAUAAACCGACUAACACUCAAUCCACUUUUUUCAAUGAUCCCAAGUGGCCAAGCAUGUGGUAUAUGCACUGCAACGAAAAUGUCCAUCACUGCCAGUCAGACAUGAAUAUUGUAGGAGCCUGGAAGAGGGGAUACACUGGCAAAAAUGUUGUAGUUACUAUUCUGGAUGAUGGAAUUGAAAGAAACCACCCUGACCUGACCCAGAAUUAUGAUGCUCAGGCGAGCACGGACAUCAAUGGCAAUGACUUUGAUCCUAUGCCUCGAUAUGAUGCAAGCAAUGAAAACAAGCAUGGGACUCGAUGUGCUGGAGAAGUGGCAGCUACUGCAAACAACUCACACUGUACUGUAGGAAUCGCUUUUAAUGCCAGAAUAGGAGGAGUGCGCAUGCUGGACGGAGAUGUAACUGACAUGGUGGAAGCAAAAUCUCUCAGCUUGAACCCACACCAUGUCCACAUCUAUAGUGCAAGCUGGGGCCCAGAUGAUGAUGGUAAAACUGUAGAUGGACCUGCGUCAUUGGCCCGGGAAGCUUUUGAAAACGGCAUCAGAACAGGAAGAAGAGGAUUUGGUUCUGUUUAUGUGUGGGCAUCAGGCAAUGGUGGUAGGAGCCGAGAUCACUGUUCCUGUGAUGGUUACACAAACAGCAUAUAUACAAUCUCUAUUAGCAGCACAACAGAAAGUGGCAAGAAGCCAUGGUACCUAGAAGAAUGUGCAUCAACUCUUGCAACUACAUACAGCAGUGGGGAAUCUUACGACAGGAAAGUGAUCACUACAGAUCUCCGACAACGAUGCACAGACAGCCAUACAGGAACGUCUGCAUCAGCUCCAAUGGCUGCUGGAAUCAUAGCUCUUGCACUAGAAGCAAAUCCAUUUUUAACGUGGAGAGAUGUGCAGCAUAUUAUUGUCAAGACCUCUCGCCAGCGACACCUGAAUGCUCCCGACUGGAAGACAAAUGCUGCAGGAUACAAGGUGAGCCAUCUGUACGGAUUUGGUUUGAUGGAUGCAGAAGCCAUGGUAGUAGAAGCAGAGAAAUGGACAACAGUCCCCGUACAACACAUAUGCGUGGAGAACACAGAAAGACAGAUCAAGACUAUACGACCAGAUAAUGUUGUCCGUUCAGUAUAUAAAGCAACUGGCUGUGCUGAUAACACCAAUCACCAUGUGAUUUAUUUGGAACAUGUAGUUGUACGUGUCAGUAUUACUCACCCACGGCGAGGGGACCUUGCCAUUUACCUGACAUCUCCAUCAGGCACAAGGUCACAGUUGCUGGCUAACAGACUGUUUGAUCAUUCUAUGGAAGGUUUUAAGAACUGGGAGUUUAUGACAACUCAUUGUUGGGGAGAAAAAGCCUCAGGAGACUGGACCCUGGAAAUUAAUGAUACGCCAUCCCAGCUGAGAAACUUUAAAACACCAGGAAAAUUAAAAGAAUGGUCUUUAGUUCUCUAUGGUACAUCGGUUCAUCCAUACUCACCUAGAAAUGAUGUCCCCAAGGUGGAAAGAGUAAGAUCGAGUCCAAUAGAUGAGCCUUCUGAGGAAUACAGCAUGGAUGACUAUACAGGUCCUUGUGAUGUUGAAUGCAGCGAUGUAGGAUGUGAUGGGCCAGGGCCGGAUCACUGUAGCGACUGUCUCCACUUUUAUUACAAGGCAAAAAACAACACACGGAUGUGUGUAUCAGACUGUCCUGCUGGUCACUACCUUGCAGACAAAAAAAGAUGCAAAAAGUGUUUCCAGCACUGUGACACAUGUGUGGGAAGUCGCACUGACCAAUGCACGGCAUGUAAACCUGGCUUCUACUUAAAUGAAGAGAGCAACAACUGCAUACCUAACUGCCCAGAAGGCUUCUACCUGAAUGAAAAUAAGGUCCUUUGUCGAAAAUGCAACGAGAUCUGUAAAAGCUGCACUUCAGAAAACACCUGCACUGAAUGCAAACCUGGCCUGAGUUUGCAAGGAUCAAAAUGUGCUGUGAGUUGUGAAGAUGGGAAAUAUUACAGUGCCCUUAAAAAGGAGUGUGAUCCAUGUCACAGAUUAUGUGCCACAUGUUCAGGGCCAGCAAUAGACAACUGCAUAAACUGCACAGAUGGAACAUUAUUUGAAGAUGGAAAAUGUGUGCAGAUGUGUAGUUCUGGAUAUUAUCUGACUCAAUCAAAAACAAAUGCUUACAACAUUUGCAAAAAGUGUGAUGGCAGCUGCCAAACCUGCUCCGGCCCAGGAGACAGAAAUUGCACAAGUUGCCCAGAUAACUACAAUCUGGAAGGCAGUGUCUGUGUAGUGGGAACGGUCUGUAAAGAUGGGGAAUACAUUGAUGAAGCAGGAAGAUGUAAAUUCUGUGAUGCCUCCUGUGCUAAGUGUAUUGGUCCCGGCAAAAAUAAUUGCAUAGGCUGCUCCCCAACAAGAAUUUUUGAUAACAAGCAGUGUGUUCUGAGAUGCCCUUCUGACAAAUAUGAGUUGAACAGGCAAUGUCACCAGUGUCAUCAUACUUGUCAUGAAUGCAGUGGAAGUGAGCCAGAUACAUGCACCUCCUGUGCUAAAGAUAAAAAUGGAAUACCGCGUUUCCUAUACAAUGGGGAAUGCAGAGAGGGUUGUCCCCAGGGUCAUUACGCUGCAGAGAGCACCUGCAUAAAGUGUCCACCCAACUGUGACCUGUGUAACAGUCCCUCUGAAUGCAUCAGAUGUUUGGAAGGCUUCUACUUGGACAAUGGCGACUGCAAGAAGCAAGAAUGUCCUGAAGGACAAACAGAAGACCCGGACACUGACAACUGUGUGUCAUGUACAACAGGAUGCAAUAAAUGCUACACAUAUGAUCCUUCAAGUUGUAUCUUAUGCCAAAAAGGAUAUUAUAUGUAUGAAACAUACUGCUACGAUGCUUGUCCUGAAAAUACAUACACUAAUGAAUCUUUAAUGAGCUGCAUUGACUGCGCUGAUACCUGCUUUAGCUGUACAGAAGACCAGUGUAUAGAAUGUGAAGAAGGGUUUUAUCUCCUUGACCUGGAGUGUGUGUCUGACUGUGGAUCUGGAUUUUACGCUGAUGAUAUUAACAAAGAAUGUGAUAGUUGCUACAGAACUUGUGACUCCUGCACAGGACCAGACUACGAUGAAUGCACUUCUUGCAAAAAGACUUACGCUCUGCAGCAAGGAAGAUGUAUUGCAAAGACAAAGAGUCCAGAAGAAGGCACUUUUAUGAAUAGUAAAGGAAAUCCUGAGCCAUGUUAUGAAAUAUGUAAAACCUGCAAUGGAUCUGCUUCUGCUUGCACAUCAUGUAAACCAGGUACAUAUCUCCACGGUCAAAGUUGCAUUGUAGAAUGCCCUAAUGGAUUCUUUGAAAACCAAAAAGAUGGGAGGUGUGAGAAAUGUACAGUUGGCUGCAAGAGCUGCACCGAAGCCAAUGUAUGUCUGAAGUGCUCAGAGGGUUACCUGCAUGAAGGGAAGUGCUACACUCAGUGCCCACAUGGCUUUUUUGGCAAUACCGGUGUGUGUGAGAAAUGCAGCCCAGACUGUGAGACUUGUAAGGACAAUGCAGAUUACUGUUUAUCAUGUCACUCCCCUAAAUUACUAGAACAAGCCAGGUGCAUGAGUGCUUGCUCCGACCGAUACAUGGCUGUCAAUGGGGUGUGCAAACACUGUUCUCAUGGCUGUAAAACUUGUUUGUCUCUGAACGACUGUACAGAAUGUAUGCAUGGCUAUUUCCUAUAUGGCAGCAAGUGCAUGGACUAUUGCCCCGAUGGAUAUUAUGAAGAGGAUGGAAACUGUAACCAGUGUGACCCAAUGUGCGCAAAAUGCAGUGGACCUGAUCCUGAUGACUGUGAAGAAUGUUCCAGCAAAAGCUUCUUCCUCUAUAAUGGAGAAUGCUUUGUCACAUGUCCAGAUGGAACUUACUAUGAACACAGUACCAAAGAUUGCCAAGACUGUGACACAUCCUGCAAGACUUGCUCCUCUUCUACCACCUGUGAUAGUUGCAAAGAUAAUCUGGUAAAGAACAGAGAAGGUUUCUGUGUGACACACAAGGACUGCUCUCUAUAUCAGUACCAAGAUGAGCACAAGAACUGUCAUCCAUGUCACAAGAAGUGUUCUCGAUGCAUGGGUGCUACUGAGCAUCACUGUCUAAGCUGUCCCAGAAAUCAAUUCCUUUUGAACUCCACCUGUGUUGCAAAAUGCCCUGAUGGAUAUUACACAGAAGAGGAAGAGCAGCGCUGUGCUCCGUGCCACAGCACAUGUCUAGCCUGCUUUGGAAAGCAUAGUACUCACUGUCUCUCUUGCAAAACUGACUGGUAUUCUCUGGGUGGUGCCUGUGUGCAAAACUGUAUUACAGGAUAUUAUGCAGAAAAUUCAACAAGUAAAUGUGAAAAGUGUCAUGUGAGCUGCGAAGAAUGUUCAGGUCCAGAAGUGUCUAAUUGCCUCUCCUGUCACAAAAACUUCUUCCUAAUGCGUGCCAAAGGGCAGUGUGUCAUCUCCUGCCCAGAGUCCUAUUAUGAAGACCACAUAGUGAGAAGGUGUGGAAGAUGCCACCCCACCUGCAAAACAUGCACAAGCUUUGGAGCUCUCGCCUGCACAUCCUGCGUUUGGAGUUACCAACUUUCAGGACAUAUUUGUAACUCAGAAUGUUUUACCGGAGAAUAUAAAAAGGAUCCUGACCAGCCGUGUGAGAAAUGUCACGAUAACUGUGUGGAGUGUAAGGGACCAGGGCCCUUGAAUUGUACAGUGUGCCCAGCCAGUCAGGUGUUGUAUGUAGAUGAAGGUCGCUGUGUACGUUGCUGCCCUGGAAAUCCAGUCAACCUUGCAGAGUGCUGUGAAUGUUCUGUAACAUUAGAUGAAUGCAUUUUAGUGAAAGGACUCCUAACAGAACCUGAAGGAAAGCCGAAGACUGCUUUGUUUAUAACUACAUCAGUAUUACUGAUCCUUAGCAUUGGGGGCAUCUUAUUCUAUUGGAAGAGGUCCAAAGCCAAAGCUAAGCCUGUACCUAAAGCUGGUUAUGAAAAGCUUCCAGAACAAACAAAAUCUUUCCAGUCCUUUAAAAGCAGAGAGAGCACUUCAAGCUUCCAGAGGGAUCAGGUCAUUGAGUACCAAGAUCAUGAAGAGGAAGUAGGUGAAGAUGGUGACGACGAUGAUGACAUUGUAUAUAUGGGCCAAGAUGGAACAGUGUAUCGGAAAUUUAAAUAUGGACUUUUAGAAGAUGAGGAGGAAGAUUAUUUAGAAUAUGAUGAUGAAAGCUAUUCAUUUAGAUAACUUAUUGCAAUAUUUUUAAAGAAGCUCCAUUGUCAGUUAAAAAGAUGAACUGGAAAUAGUUGGAAGAAUUGAAACUGAAGUCUCCUGGGUGGAAAACCACAAUAGUAGUUGAAUAGUUUUACACAAAUAACAAAUUUCAUUUGUUUUUGACA